UGGAGGACAGCGUGGACCGUGGAUCCAGAGGCACACUCCCAGAGAGAGCCCGAGAUUCUGCCACAAUGAGGAAGCAUCUGGCUGGAUGCUGGUUGGCCAUUGUCUGUGUCCUGCUCUUCAGCCAGCUCUCCCCUGUCAAGGCGAGAGGCAUAAAGCACAGAAUCAAAUGGAACCGGAAGGCCUUGCCGAGUACGUCCAAGGUCACCGAGGCCCACACGGCGGAGAUCCGCCCAGGGGCCUUCAUCAGGCAGGGCCGAAAGCUCAACAUCGAUUUCGGCGCCGAGGGCAACAGGUACUACGAGGCCAACUACUGGCAGUUCCCUGACGAGAUCCACUACAACGGCUGCUCCGAGGCCAACGUGACCAAGGAGAAGUUUGUCAUCAGCUGCAUCAAUGCUACCCAGGCAGAGAACCAGGAGGAGCUGUCCCGAGAGAAGCAGGACGACAAGCUUCACCAGCGGAUCCUGUGGCGGCUGAUCCGGGAGCUCUGCUCCGUCAAGCACUGCGAUUUCUGGUUGGACAGCGGAGCGGGACUCCGGGUCGCCGUGGACCAGCCUGUGUUGCUCUGCCUGCUGGUUUUCACUUGGUUUAUCGUGAAAUAAGCUUGCAGGCAGGCUGGCAGCCACAGAGCUGAGCCAGGCCAGUUAUCCCAGUUCUCUCCCCAGCCCCAAUCCACACCUGUUCUGAAGGUACCAAAGAGCAGUGAUGCUGCGGCGCUUCAAACAGCGCGCCCAAGUGUUCACUCUGGUAUUUGUUUGUAUUUGAUAAAUGCUUGUGUAUCCAUCCCUCCAGGCUUGUCCUCACAGUGGCUUGUCCAUCACUGCAUUCUCAGCGCCCGGUGGAGUGUCUGGCACACCAUAUUAUGCAGUAAAUGUUUGGUGAAUAGGUAAAAGAAUGCACCAGGGACUGUGCCAAGCACUUCACAGUACUUUCCAACAACUCUCAGAGGUAGGUGUGACUCCCGUUUUAUAGAUGAGUAAACUGAGGCUCCGAGAGAUAAAGCAGCUCAAAAGCAGCAAAGCCGGAAUUUAACCCUGGCUUGUCUAACCCCAGAUUUUCCUCUCUGGGCAAUCCCAGAGCCGUCUGUGAUCCCCUAUGGCACGCAAGGCCCGAAUCCAAACACAUAUCUCUAAUGAAACUGGGGAAACUCCACUUUUAGAAAUCUGAAAACAGCUGAGCUGACGGCCAUGUAUUUCAAUACGUUGUCACAUGGAGGUUUCAUUUAAUUCCUCUAAUUAAACUAAGAUAUAAUAAAAGAAUUAAACUAACAUAGAAAUAAAGCUAGACAAAGUUCCAGAAAUCAUCUUGUAAGGCAGUAUUGCCAUGCUGGCUCCCAGAGCAGACUAGAUCUACAGCGGGAUGUGUCUGUGGCACAAAGAUUUUUUUCACAAGAAGGAUAAAUGUUUGCUGUUCCCAUCUCUGAAAUAGUCCGUGUAUUUAAGAAAAUAUUUUUAAAUGACAUGUUUGCUUUCUAAUGUUCCCCUAACCCUAUGUGCAUGUUUUUCUGCACAUGCCUAUGGGCAUCUUCAAAUAUACUCCCUUCACACAGGGACUCCACGACAGUCUCUAGCCGUUCUCUUACCCCCACUUUGGCAAGGGGCCAUCAUUUCUGUGAACCACUUAUCACUACAAAAAAAAAUUCCUCACCAAAAAAAUUGAAAAGAAACUAUAUCUUCAGGGAGACCCAAUACAGAAUUCAUCCAUGCCAUAAGCAAGAGUAGAUACACAACUUAUCUACUCAUUAUUAGUUAGAAUAUAUAUUACAAGAUAUUAUUAGUUAAUAAUAGUUUAAAAUAUAUAUUACAAAAUAUGAAUACAAUUUAAAUUAAAAUAAUGAAUCUAAUGCUCUAAGAUGCCCCCACAGGCCCUUUAGGGUACCCUCAGAGUCUCCCAGGAGUUGUUGAGCCAUAUUUGGAGACAACAGCUGAUGAAUAUUAUCAAUUUUCCUUUAAAGACAGUCUGUAAGGGAAAACAAAGUGUAUUGUCAGACAAUUUAUCCUAAGUAUUUUAGAACAUGAAUGUUGAUAACGGUACCUCUUGUUCUGAGCCUCCACUGUUAUCAGCGUUCUUCACAAGGAUACAUUUGGAAGGUUUUAACAUAGAAAGCGGGUGGAGGACUUGGGGGCGGGCAGCCCAGGGGAGCAGCCUUCUGCUGGGUACACGGGAGACACCACCCUGGGCUGAUACAGCACAGCGUGGGAGGAAGCCAGAGGCGGCUUUGGGUUUUGUGUUAUCAGCCCUGCACUCACCUGCUUUUACAGUCCUGUUGAAUUCUAGAUCAGAAAGCAAGAUAAAAGAACAGAACACGUAGAGGUUAUUUCCUGCAUGUCAAUUUUUUUUUUCUAAAUAACAACACUAGCAAUAAACACAGAAAGAACAAGUACUUAUAGGCUGAUGUUGCAAGUUCAAGUCCCGGCUCUCCUGAGUUUAAUUACAGAGGCACGCAUAGCCACGUAAGCAAAAUGACUUCAUUUCUUAGCUGAGAACACUUAGGCCAUGAUGUAAUACAUUUUCUAUAAUUGCUGUCUUUUCUCAUUUUGUUAAUAGUUCCCGAAACCAGAUUUAAGUGGGGCAGGAGGUGAAUUUGGACAUGGUGAUUCAAAUGCAACAUUUUUUGAUGAAUCUUUUAAUUGAAACUGUCUGUGCUUGAUCAUCCUUGCUCAUGUUUAUGAAUUAUGAGGUCAAGUCAAGGCUUUGUGAGUCUGGUUUUUCACUUUAGCAAAGGGUGGUCAAGUGCCUGCUAUGUGCAAGACAUUAUGAGGGGCUUCUGAUUUAUUCUUAGUAGAGUCAUUUUAAAUGUGAAUAAUUUCACCAACCGUCACUUUUCUUGUUCCUUCUGAGUGUUGACUUUUUAAAAUAUGUUUAUUGUAAAAGUGACAUUAAAACUACAACAGAAAUCCAAACAAAACGUUGCCCGUGAUCCCAACAUCUGAUUAAAUCUGUGUUUUUACUUUACCCUAUAAUCUCCUAGUCCUUACCCAUUUGCAUAUAAAAAUGUACAUAUUUGCAAUAAUAAUAUAGGUGAGCUUUUAUAUUCUAAAUUUUCCUUAACUUUAUUCUAUGCUUUUUUCAUUUUCCUGUGAUAUUUGUGUUCUUGCCUCUCCUCUACCUUCCCCAACUCACCCCCUCCUUCCUCCUGAGAUGUAGCCUCCAUACUUUCCCUGUGGUCAGAUAUAUAAGGGAGAGGUUUUUGUUUGAGUACUCCUUUUAAAAGAUACAAUAAUCAUAUCACAUUUAUUCUUCUGCAAUUUGCCUCUCUAACUUACCACUGCAUCACGAACCUCUCUACACUUCAACAGCCAGCUAGUUAGCGAACUUGUCCUUUUAGACAGUUGUGUAAUAUUCCACAGCACAGAUGGACACUGGUUGAUUUAAUCAUUUCCUUGUUGAUAGACCUUCGGGUUGUUUCGUUUUUCACCACUGCAAACAAUAAACAUCCUUGUACAUACAA